UGGAAGUCUCAAGUCGCGACCGCGGCAAAAUCAACAGAAAACAUCUGAUCAGGGAGUGCUAACAACGCGCUAACUUCUCUUGCCACACGGGCAACGAGCAUAGAACGAAUCCUGUGACCUUCCAUGAACUUUGACUCGUCUUAAGCCUGUUAUGUUAUCAUCUUCCCACACGUCAGAAGUUACGACUUUCGCUUGCCAAACUCUAGAACAAAGUUCUCCUAGGUGUAUUUUUGAUCUCCUUAUUGAGCCAUCAUCUAAUUUUUGAAGCAUCCACAAAAAACAGACCAGUGCCAUGUCGAUCGUUGCUGAAAUUUUAUCUUCAAGAGGAAAAUUAGAGUUUGAUGAUGUCAGUGCUAAGCUGUUGGCUGUGCAAGAUGCGGUGGACGCUUCCGUGGAGCAAGCCAAGUCGUUUUUGUCCAGCAAGCAAAAGCAGUUCCGCCUCCAGCAGGAAAAAAACAGUCGAACUCUGCUUGAUCUUCAAAAAUUGUCCAAAACUAUGGAAAGCUUGAAGGUUCGAAUCGAGACCCAGACCAAGGCUGACAUUCAGAACACUAGCAGAGAGCUGAAAACGUUGUCAGAUGGGCUGAGGAAGGCCAGUUUCAAGGCAAACUGCAUGGUAGAGCUGCAGGAGCUGGAGCAGAGUCUGAAGAAUGUGCAGCAUCUGUCAAAGUCGCAAUCGUUCUACUCAGCUGCUGAAAUCAGCAUGAAGAUGUUGCAAGUGGCCAAGGUGCAGAAAGAGAUUGAACCAGAGGUGAUGAAGGCUGUGAAGACCGAGGCCAUCAUCGCGCACCAGCAGCUACUCCAUGAACUGGACAGCGUCUGGAAAGAGUCACUGGUCUGCCAGCAUGACGAGGACGGCCUGAUUCUGGUCAAGGUGGUGCCGCAGCCUCUGCCUGAGUUGGUCUCCGCCUUGCAACUCACCGGCAACCUCUACAAUUUGCAAACUUUCGCCAACAGGCUGAUCGACUUGCCUAUCAGUGCUGCCAUGAAGAAGACGAUUAAUUAUGAAGUCGAACAAGGGCAGGUGACUAUGACAGUCGAAAACGACAACCUGCCAGCCGUGGUUGACGUGUUAGAUCGCCUAGCCAUGAUUUUUGAAGUGCUCAAUGUUCCCAUUAACAAAGAAGAGGAAUCUCUGCUCAAACCCCUGGGCGCCGAAAUCAGCGAUCAAUUUUGCAGCAUGUUCAUAGAGGAGGUUCUCCGUAAAUCUGUUCCUGCCACCGCUGAAGAGAGGACCAACUUUGUGCUGCACGUUAGUCAAAAAAUCGAGGACAUGCACAGUUUCCUGCUGUCGGCUGGCUUCCUUAACGAGAGUCAAAAGGCCAUUAUGGAUUACGUGCAGAACAUCGAUUUGCAUUUCAUUAAUAAAUCGUGCGAGCGGUACUUGAAUAAGACAAGAGAGAUUAUCUACAAAGAUUUGCACAAUACCUUUGAGUUAGCUGUUGAGGAGAGCAAAGCGCCUGAGGUAGUUGAUGAGGACCAAUCGUUUAGUAGUUUGAGCAGUAACACCACAAAAUUCCCUAAAUGUGCUAUCAGCAUGUCGGCAAGGGAGUUGCUGGAGCUGGUGCAAGAGAUUCUCAACGAAUCCUCUGCCAGCAGCGGAAUGAAAGCUGAGCGUCUUUACCUCACAGCUAGAAACGCGCUGGAAAUGUACUGCAAUCUGGCGCCCAUCCACCACAAGAAAUACCUCGACAGCCUUCCUCAGCAAGCAGCCAUUUUUCACAACAACUGCAUGUACCUGGCGCACCAGCUGAUUUUACUGGGUCCGCACUUCAGCACCAUUCUCUCUCGAACGUUGCAACUCCAAUCCAUCACCUUCUUCGACAUCGUCGUCAAACUGCGUAAGACGGCAUGCCAGGUGUUCCUCGCACAGAUGCAGGCGCAGAAGAAGCAGCUGGUGGAGCUGUUGCGAGAGUCAGAGAUCACGCAAAUCGGCGAAAGCGACAAUCUACCCGUGAAGACCGAGAAGUGCGUCCGACAGUGCCUGCGGCAAAUGGAGGUGCUCCAACACGUCUGCCAGCCUGUGCUGCCGGAAGAGAUCUACAACAAGGCUGUCGGAGCACUGAUCAAUAGUCUUGUCGAGGAGAUGAUCGUUCGCGUUUGUUCGGUUGAGGAUAUUCCAGCCAACGCCGCCUCGGACCUUGUCAUGGUCUGCAGUCUCGUCAUUGACAAAGCCCCUCGAAUGCUCACUGACUGUAACAAAAUCCACCAAUAUGUGAAACGAUGGAGAGCUUUCGAAGAGUUGUUGCAUGUGCUGGGAGGGAAUCUGGCGACGAUCGAGGCGCGGUGGGCGCACAAAAACGGGCCGCUGGCGCAGGAGUUUUCGGCAGGACAAGUCAAGCAGCUCAUUAAGGCACUAUUCCAGAACACAGCUAGGCGAGCGGCAGUGCUAGCCAACAUUGAGUGAUGAGUUUUUGUGAGUGGGCCAGGUAAUCAUCACACUAUUUGUUCUAAAAUCAUUUUGGAUAUCUAAGUACAAAAUGAUGGUGCGGAUUUGGUGUCUCUGGAACUGAAAUGCAAGGAGGAUUUAAAUUUGUUAUCAUGCAUUUUCACACUGCAAAAUAUUUUGUAAAAAAACAUUCUUAAAAAUAAAUCUGCCUCAGGAAAAAACUGGGAUCUAUCUGCAUACAA